UGAUUUGGUAGCUUCCGGGGUUCCGUUCUCGCUGUUGGGUUUUGUUCCAAAGCUGAGUUUAGUCUAUUAUGUGAGUGUGUUUUUUUUCUUCGUUUCUGUUUCGUUUUCUGCCACAUUAUUCGUAUUUAUGUUUUCUAUUCUAUUUAAGAACUGGGUUUGUGUGGGAGUUGAUGCUGGCGUGCACCCUGCGGAUGUUGGUGUGUUAAUGGCGGGGCAUGCACGGUGCUCGAUGGUCUGUGCUGCGGUUGAUUUGGGUAAAGAGGGGGUGAGAAGAUUUACGUAUUGGUUUUUGCUGGAGCCGAGGAGGGUGUGAGCGGAGCCUGAUGGGCGCCUGGAUGCACGUGAUCUUUUGGAUGUGCGGAUUUGUGUAUAUUUUUUUUGCGUAGUGGAGGAGUUAGGGCUGUGUGACCUUGUAGCAGUGGGUUUCAUUUCAGUUGCGAAGAGAUUCUGAACUGCUUUGUUACAUGUGUGAAGUAUAGCCAGAUGCUGUUUUGCUAUUCCAGGAGCAGGGUGGUUUCAUGGCAAUUCGGGCUGUUGAUCUCGUAGUGACGUGGGGGGAAUGGCCUUGUAUGACUUAGGCUUGCAGAAUUGGAACCGUGUGGGUGUAUCUCGGAAGCUGAGCUAAGGAUUUGGGCUUAGCAGCGGGAAGCUUAACAUGCUGUUGGUUCCUCUGUCUCACAGAGUGGCUUUUCCAUUACUGAGAGGAAGAAAAUUGAACACGCAAGAACCCCCUUCCGCGAGUGUACUUGGAUGCCCUCUUGGAGGAAUUCGACAUCAAAGCAUAGUAUGAUGUGGCUUGUGGUUCUGAUCGGUCUCCGUCAGUAAAGUUGGAGAAGUUUGCUCAAGGGGCCCUUGUGCCGUCUGGAAUCGCUGGAGAUAGGGCACUCAUGGUGCUUGUGGCUUGUGCAAGCUGAUGCUGAAGCAAGUAUUAUCAAGUUUCAAAAGAUAACCUCUGGGGUAUUAUGUGGGAUCGAUUUUCUAGAAGCUAUUCCAACCAGAUAUUAUCUAUAGUAGAGUGGCUGCACCAAAGAGCCAACAUGUCUCGACUUACUAAAAUAUGGAACUUGCCCCUGCAAAAGAAAGGGUUGUAUGGGCCGUUGGAAGCGGACAUGAAGGAGCUACCUCAUCCAAGUCGCAAUCUUACCGUUUCCCGUGUUGUGAUCAUGGUUGCAGUUGCCGUAUUAGUGGGACUCCUUACUGUCAGCACCUGGUAUUUUACGCACAGUUAUCCUAAAAGUGCAGUAGCUAGUCUUUCCGAAUCUUUGCGGCUUGAGAUACUGGAAAAUACCUCAGAGCUACUGGAUGAAAUUUUCUCUAUGAAUACAUAUGGGUCGAUGGCCAUAGCUAAUUUGAUGGAGAAGAAUUUCCUGGGGGAUGACUUCAGCAGAGAAAGCUUCACGAGGAUUCGGGAUGCUUGCUGGUCAGUGUUCAAAGCCCUCCCAGCGGUUACUUCAUUGGGGGUGACUGCUAUGAAUGGGCUGACAGCAGUUUACAACCGCGGUCACAGGAAUGAGAUAGAAGGGUUUAGGGGCAAUUUUUGUCUCUAUUCAAAUGAAACUGGUACUUCGCCUGUGUAUUAUAAAGAGUUUGUAUCUGAAGUAACUGGAGAUCCCCUGGGGUUGCCUUCAGUUGAAAUAUUUGAUUCAGCUCUUCACGAAACUCCUUGGUUUAAAGAGGCAGUUUCACAUCCUAUAGACAACCUGACUUGGACGAUUGGGCGCAGCCUGAUAAGUAAGCAGGCAUUUGUACAAUGUGGCAUUGCUAAACAAGCAAAAGCUUCUAAGGAAAUUGCUCUUGUGCACUCGUCGCUUAGUGCUAUUGCCAUAAACGAUUUCAUCUCAUCUUUGGAGUUAAAAGGGGGAAGUGUUUUUAUUGCAGAUGAGCAUGGGACUCUUCUAUUCUCGUCUGAGCCAACAGUUUGUGUUUUGAGUAACAGAACAGCUUGUGAAACUACUCCACUAGAUCGCAACUCUGUGUUGAACGAUGGCAAAUUAUUUCUUCAAUCCCAAGUUGGGUUAGCGAAUUUGGCCAUGAAUGAAACGCACGUAGCUGAUGUUUACUUGAAGGGCAAGAGGUAUUCCGUCGAUAGUUGGCCAUACUCAUUCAGGACAGUGAAGCUGUCUGUGGUGGUGAUGAUUCCUAGGCACAGUUUCUGGGGCCCCAUGGACUACUACACUCGCAUCACGUGGAUAUCUCUACCCCUUCUUUCGAUAGGUGUGGUCUUCAUUGGGUGCAGUCUUAUAUAUCUAUUGGUAGAGCAAGUGCAGGCCGAAGAGAAGCUUCGGGCUGAGAUUCAGAGGCAGUCUGAAGCCAAGUGCAGGGCAGAAGCAAGCAGAGAUGCUAAGACCAAUUUCCUCUCAAGUAUGAGUCACGAGCUGAGAACUCCGAUGGCAUGCAUCAUAGGACUCCUUGAUAUGCUUUUGAUGGAAAACCUGACUGUUGAACAUGAAGGGAGUGUUCGGCAGAUUCAUCGCUGUGCCACAUCACUCGUGUCACUCCUGAAUUCUGCUCUUGACAUUGCAAAGGUGGAGUCUGGCAAACUUGUCUUGGAGAAGGCUGAAUUCAAUCUAGAGGCUGAGCUUACGGCUCUUAUUGAUGUCUUUUCUGUACAAUGUGACAAUAAGAAUCUAUUCAUUUCUCUCGACUUAGCAGAGUCUGUUCCAGCUUAUGUGAUUGGUGAUUCAGCUCGUGUGAUGCAAAUUUUUACCAAUCUGAUAGGAAAUAGUAUAAAGUUUACUUCUAAAGGAAGAAUCGUAGUACGAGGAAGAGUUUCGAACUCAGAAUCGUCGAGUGGGUCAGGGAAGGGUCACCGGCGGAGUUUCAGUCCAUUUUCGCUUGAAAGAUGUACAGAGGAAGCAACUGUACCAGAUACGGUGGUUUUGGUAUUUGAGAUUGAUGAUACAGGCCCGGGGAUUGAACCAGCACUAAGAGAAAAAGUAUUCGAAAACUUUGUUCAAGGCAAUGCAAGCACAACUCGCAUACAUGGAGGGACAGGAUUGGGACUAGGCAUCGUUCGAUCUCUUGUCCAGUUGAUGGGAGGAAGCAUACGAAUCGUCGAGAAAACUGGGGCAGGAGCUGUAUUUCAAUUUUCCAUCUGUUUUCAGCGGUCUCUUACUCCUGAGACAUUGCCUUAUAAACUCCCUCCUUUCUACCAUGAAGCUGAAGUUGUUAUUGGUGUUCCCGAUGCUGACACUAGGGCAGUCGCAUCUGAGUGGAUUGUCAGACAUGGUUUAAUGGUUCACCAAGUUGAAACAUGGGAGCAAAUUUUGUUGCACUUGAGGGCUCUACAUGGAAGGAAUCCACAGGACAAGAAUUCGGAAACAUCUGAGAUGGAACACACGAAAAGCAUAGAUGGCUCGCAGAAAUUCUUGAACAAGGUGGAUUCUGCAUCAGAUUAUUUUACCAAUUUAUCGCCACAGAAUCUUCAGAGUCCAAAUAACAGGUUUGAGUUCUGGAGGAGUUGGAAAAAUAUUGGAGAGAGGCCAUCAAGUGAGCAAGUGAGGCAACUUAUGCUAAUCGAUACAAGCCUUCUACCCAAGCACGUGCUACCUCGUGACUUGGAAGAAUAUCUACAGGAAUCAGGAUUCCUCACAGGUUUGUCAACACAAUGUCUUGACAAGUCAGGCAUUCACAAGAGGGACAUGAACCAAAGGCAAAUUCGGGAUUUACAGCAAAAGCUGUCAGUCGUCUGGGUUAUGGCUUCAAACACUCAUGAACCCAUCAAGGCUGCUCUUCGGGCAGUUCGUAGCUCAUUCAUUGUGAGGAGGCCUUUGCAUGCCGCUCGUUUGAAGGAGAUUUUUCAACUGGUUGCGCAAAACAGUGAUGCCUUCUCAUCGAGGCAUUCGGAAUCUGCUCCCGAGGUUCUUGCUUCUAGUACCAUCAACUAUGUUAAGCAGCAGGAAUGGGAUGAUCCUUAUGCUUGUGACUCAGAGGUACCGCUAGCACAAGAGUCAUCAUCUCGGGCUAGUACCAUAGGAGUCACUCACGGAGCCACUGUGAGAAACGUCAGGCAUAGACCAACUGCUGCAAAAUCGGUUCCUCAGGAGGAGAUUUCGUACUCAGAGAUGGAGAUCAGAUCUUCAAGACAAACUGACCAGCCGUCCCAAAGCAUGGUUACACCCAGCAAGCACAUGAAGAAAACCGUUCGAACUACUACCCAUGUCAACGGCAGCAAGAAGAUGAAUAACGUCCCCAAACCUCUAGAAAAUCUUGAAAUUUUGGUUGCUGAGGAUACUCCGCUUCUGCGGAAGCUGGCAGCUGCUAUGUUGCGGAGGCUAGGUGCUGUGACGUAUGAAGCUUCUAAUGGCCAGGAGGUUCUGGAAGCUGUGAUGAACCGCAUGCAGUGUGGUCAAUCUCCAUUCAAUUGUAUACUCAUGGACUGCCAGAUGCCAGUUAUGGAUGGAUAUGAAGCUUGUAAGGCAAUCCGAGAAUUUGAGAAAGAUGUAACAUGGCGAACGUCCAUAGUUGCGCUAACAGCAAACGCAAUGGCCAGUGACGAACAGAAGUGCCUCAAGGCUGGUAUGGAUGCAUUCCUGACGAAACCCAUCGAUCAGGAAUAUAUGGUCCAAGUCAUUCUUCGAACAAUGACACCAACUUCGUUCGGAAAUGGAUGUACGUUGUCUGUCAAGAGCAGUGUCCACACCGAUUCACCAAUUCAACUUCAGGUUAGCUCUUGACAAUAGUCGAAGCGUCAUCUGGCUGAAGUCCCCACCCCCCUCCGGCUCUCAAACAACCGCGUAUAUCCUUCAAGGCUUGUGUUUCGUCAAGGACUCCAAGCUCCACUUUCAUCAGGCUCAAGGUCUAUGCCUUGCAACGUCUUCAUUUUUGUACUCGUGCUUCCAACUUGUCGAACUGAAUCUUGUGUACAGGUUGUUGGCCGGAAGUAGUAGUGUUUGUAUACUGCUGUCAGCACAUGGCAUGUUCACAAUUAGGCCAAGUCAAUGAUUUGUUAAUAGAGAUUGUUUCCGUAGUAUUGCAGUACUAUCAUUGCCUGUGUAAGCACAUGGGUAGGUUCCUCAUGCCUAUCGAGUUCUAGAAUGUAUUCUUACAACUGUAAAUCUGCUAGAGUUGUACACAUAGAUGGCUUAUUGGUUGGUUCGGAUAACACAGUUGCGGGGAACAGCCCCGUCUACAGGAGGAUUUUAGGCAUGCUUGGCAGUGCUUAAAGGUGUGUAAUUUUUCCUACUAGGAUGUGAUGCAUCCUUUAGUUUGAUAGAAUAGUUCUUGACCUCAUCAAAAAAGUCUCCUUGGAUAAGAUUCGAGGAUUCCUUGAAACAUUUUUAUAAGCUAAGCUCUCUCCCUGCCAGGAUAACGCAUUUGGUGGUGGCUCUGCUGUAGAUUUUCAUUUAUCAAGUAUAAUCUGCAGAGAAGCUUUGUAAUCUUUUUAACAAGAAGUCAGAAUUUCAUGACAACUUUAUACUUUUCA